CAUAGUAGGGCGGGUCUUUGCCAACCUCGGGAAGGAAAAAAAUUUUGCACUUUAAUUUGGGAAAAUUAAGCUAGUUAGCUUAUGAAUCAACCUGAAUGCGCUCGCAAUCUGAACAAUAGUCUAUUUUUUUUUUAGAAUUUUCCCGGUUGUGGUUGCAGACUCUAAAUCAUAAGCGAUAAUUCUAACCGGUUUUCCGCUGAACUUGGACAACGAUCUCCCCAGGGGAGAUUAGCUAGUUAUCACCCUUAGCCUCCCGGUAACUGGGAUUAGCAAACGUUAGCUAGCUUGCUAACAAACUGAUAACAACAAUAAGGCUGUGGAGCUGUCUGAAAAAAUAUGGCAGAAUCCAGCAACAUGAUGGAAGUCACUGUGAAGACUCUGGACUCCCAGAGUAGGAGCUACAAAGUCAGAGGCGAGCUGACAGUGAAGCAGUUCAAGGAGCACAUUGCAUCCUCAGUGGAGAUCACUGUAGACAAGCAGAGGCUCAUCUACCAGGGCAGAGUGCUGCAGGACGAGAGAACACUGACUGAAUACAAUGUAGAUGGGAAGGUAAUCCAUCUGGUAGAGCGUGCCCCACCUCAGGCCACCACAUCCAUUUCUGAGGUUGUGGGUGUUUCCACUGGUGGGGCAGAGGGCGGAAGCAACAGCAGCCAUGCCUCAACCCAGGCUGCACCACAUGACCGCAAUGCCAACAGCUAUGUGAUGCUGGGGACCUUCAACCUGCCCGUUAACAUCAUGGACCCGCAACAGUUACAGAUGUCAGUACAGGAGAUGAUGGCUGGAGUUGGUGAAGCUGGACGGAGUGCUAGGAUCAGCACCAGCUCCGGGAGCAAUGGCUCGGUGGACGUGCAGAUCAACUUGGACCAGUCAGUGCACAGUGAGCCCAGGAUGAGGCUGCAGCUGGCUGAGAACCUUCUAAGAGAUGCUCGCUCUUUGAUCCACAGACUGGAGAUAAACUUAGGGACAACAGUAACCAUGACAUCUAAUGGAAGACAGGCAGUUGAAGGACAACGCCAGCCCUCUCAGGGCACUGGCCAAUCAGUGCAACAGGCUACCGACCAGGCUCCUCCUAUUCAGUCAAACAGGACCACUUCUCAACAAGGACAGGGAGGUCCCAGAGUGAUCCGGAUCACCCACCAGACCAUGGAGCCUGUUGUCAUGAUGCAGAUGAACAUUGAUGGUGAAUCAGCUGCUGGAUCUCACGCUCCAGGACAGCCAAAUGGUGCAGGUCCCGGACAGCCCGGAGUGACACCUGUCCACUUCCCAGGACUGCCCCCUGAGUUCAUGCAGGCCAUUGUGCACCAGAUCUCCCACCAAGCCGUUUCUAUGGCUGCUGCAGCCUCAGCAGGCCACCCAGCACAGACGGUGUCUGGCCCUGGCUCAACACCCAGUGUUGAGGCGACUGUUUCCCCACAGCCCCCCCACCCUGCUCAGGCCAGGGUGGUCAUCACCAGACCAUCCUUCUCCCCUCGGAUCCCUCAGCCUGUGGGAACCAGGGAAACCACCAUCAACCUGAGGGCUACAGUACCCACAGCUGGCCAGCAGGCAGGACAGGGCACACCUCUGGCUCCCUCCUCCCUCACCCAGAUGAUCAGUGGCCUGGUCGGACAGCUCCUGAUGCCAGGGCAGCAAGGUGAUACUGUUUCCACAUCCUCUUCGACCAGCUCUCAGUCCUCCUUCUCUACCUCCUCUUUUUCUGUAUCCUCCAACAUGUCUCCCCCUCCCUCUGCCAACACCUCUGGACAGACAUCCACCCACACCACAAGUACAACCUCCAUGGGCCAGCCAGCAGAAGGCAGUCCAGAGGGAAAUCUGGGCCGGGAGCCAGGGGGUCUCAGCUUUGGACCAACUCCCUCCAUCACUGUGACACUACCGGGGAUGCCUGGCUUCUUCCAGGGCAUGUCAGACUUCACACCGCCACCUGCCAGUAGCCCUGGUGGCCCAGCCCUCCCCCCGUCCACCAGUACUGCCCCGCUCCGGGCCAGCAGCGAUGCCAGUGCAGACUCUCUGAGCCCGGAACUGUUCACUGGCAUUGUACAGGGAGUGCUGUCCACCAUGAUGAGCUCUCUCGGGGCACAACAGGGCAACAGAGAGAGUAUUGCACAAUUUAUCCAGAGACUGUCCCAGACCAGCAACCUGUUCAGUCCUGGCUCUGGAGAUGCUGUAGGGUUCUUUGGUGACCUGCUGUCCCUGGUAUGUCAGAGCUUCUCUAUGGUGGAUAUGGUGCUAUUGCUUCAUGGGAAUGCCCAGCCUCUGAGCCGCAUCCAGCCCCAGCUUACUGACUUCUUCACAGAACACUACCUCCAGGGCCAAGAGUCCAGUGAUGCUAACAUAGCUACUGCAGCUGAGGACCUCACCAACAGACUGGAGGAGUACAUAGCUGAGAGCUUUGCUACAGUGACAGUGCGAGAAGGAGUUGACAUCGUUCAGACCAAUAUGUCAUUCCUCAGACAGCAGUUGACACACAUGGCCUCACAUAUCAUGCGCUGCAACGAUCACACGUUUGGCCCUCGUCUGCUGUUACUGUGCACACAGGGCCUGUUUGAGUGUCUGGCUCUAAACCUAUACUGCCUUGGAGGAGAACAGAGAGCUCUUACUGCAGUCAUCAACCACCGCAUUAGGAGGAUGUCUGCAGAAGUCAAUCCCAGUCUGGUCAACUGGCUGACCAGUAUGAUGUCUCUGAGGCUGCAUGUCAUUCUGGAACACAACCCAGUUACUGAGGACCAAAUCCAGCACUACGUCAUCUAUACACAGGGGGAUUUGAACCAGAGGUCAGAGGCUGAAUUGCAACAGCCAUCAGAGAGUGCCACUAUGGAGAUGGAGGAGAGUUUGUCUCCGGCUGCAGCCACCACAGCAGAGGAGGUCAUGGCUUCAUCAGUCAACGGAGGAGAGAGGGGAGGGUCUCCUGGAGACAACACUGUUGCAUCAGCGGACAUUCAGUGUCCUGUUGGGGCACCAACAAGACAAGAGGAGGUGACCCCUGAGGUGGAGCCCUGGGCAGCAUCUGUUCCACCUGAAUGGGUUCCCAUCAUCAGACAUGACAUGCUGUCUCAGAGGAAGCUCAAAGCCCAACCGCCGCUGUCUGACGCCUACCUGUAUGGGAUGCCUGCCAAGAGGAGGAAGACAACCCAGUGUGAAGGACCACACCUGUCACUGUCAGACGCAGUGAGUCGAGCUGCACGUGCUGCUGGAGUCCUGCCUGUCACAGCCCCAAACAGCCUGCAGGGGGAGUUGGAGAGGCCAGAGCUGCAGGACGCAUACACCAAACAGGUAAAGAGUGACAUCAAAGCACGAGUGAGAAACGAUCCGGACUACAACACCCAGAGGUUCCCCAACACACACCGAGCUUUCUCAAUAGAAGACUCCUAGACCUCUACAGCCAUGUGCUACAGAGGAGCAAGGCCAGGUCCAGAAAAGGAUCUGUCCACACUACCUGCAUCAUGGAACUCUGGAACAUGAAGUAUGGUAGCCUCCCAGUGUAAACGUGGCAUGAAAGGAUGACAGCUGCUGAUUUCACUGAAUGAUUACUGCUGCCCUUGCUGUAGUUUGGUUAGAACGGAAAAACUUGCAGACUGUGGACCCCCCAAGGCACAUGGUUUGAGGAACUGUGAGCUCUUUGAGUCACCUCAUGAUAAAACAUUCCCUGUGCUCUCUGACAUCUCUGAGAAACUAAUGAUGGAAUCAGUUAGUGAAGUGUCAGAGUACUAAACACUGAAUAUAAGACAAGAUCUGACAACAGCAGCUAAGUACAGAAAAGGACUGGGGCCACAGGAAAAAAUGAAAUUAUCUGGAGAACUGAUCCUCUUCUGUAGGUCUAUAACAGUCUUAGCAUCAUAGCUUGAGAAUACCACCAAGUAUUUGCACUAUUAUAUAUCUGUAAAGGGCGACAUUGUAAAUUAGUGCAAAUUGUACAAAGUAAAUUAUGUCAUAGAGCUUUGUCAGUGUCUGGCUUCUAGUGUUGUUUGCUAUGACAUCAGAUUUUUAUUUUUUAGGCUCAUGACUUUACAUAUUAAAAUAAACACUGAUGAUUAGUUCAUGUUUGUAUUUGAUGGCAUUAUCUUUAUCAUUGACACUGUUUGUUAAAAAGGUACUUUAGUGAUGUAGAACGCAGUCUUUAACCAUGUGUUCAACUGAAGUAUAAAUAAUAUGCCACAGCCUGAUUGUGUUGUUGGUACAAGUGUGUGAUGUCUGUGUUAAGAAUAGCUGCAGUAAGUAGAGGUUUGUCAAACCGUGAAUGUUUAUUCUGUGCAUGUUAACAUCCCUGAAAUAAAUUAACUUCAAAAUCAA